AUGGCCUCUAUCCAUAAAAUUGAAAACGAUGUAUUGAGAAGACUCAAGUCGCAAACUUUGGUUAUAUCGCCCGCAUCAGCGGUUAGGGAGCUCGUUCAGAAUUCAGUUGAUUCCAGGGCAACAAAGAUAGAGAUCGUCCUUGAUCUGAAUAACUUGGAGCUCAUUAUAUGUGAUGACGGCGAUGGAAUCUCUCUGCAUAAUUUAAACAUACUUGGAACGGCACACGCCACCUCAAAGAUAAGCAACUUGAAUGAUCUGCAGCGUCUGGCUACAUACGGAUACCGAGGAGAAGCAAUAUGCUCUAUUGCCGGUGUAUCCAGUAUGACAAUUGCUUCAAAGGAUAAACACUACGAUUCGACAUGGGUGCGAAGACUACCAAAUGUGGCACAAAUUUUGGAUUUUAAUGAGAGGGAUCUGGAAGGGCAUCCCGACUUCAAACUAAAAAGUUUCAAGAAGAAUGAGUCAGGAACUGUUGUCCUUGUGAAAAAUCUACUACACAAUUUGCCUGUAAGAAGAAAGUAUUUUCAAAAGUACCCAGCUUACAAAACCCACAUGAUGAUUAAACAAGAUUUAUUUCAAGUGCUUCUUUUACAUCCGCAUAUUGAGAUUUCUCUUGAUGUAAUAGACGAUAACGGUAAAAAAAGGAACCUUGUACACUCUCAGAAUAUUAUAUCAACAUAUACGCUGCACGAAAAAAUGUCUAGUGUGUUUUUGAAUGUGUAUGGAGCAAUUGUUACUCCUGAGAGCAUAAAAAAAGUUGCAAUAACUUUCAAAGAAUAUCAAAUAGAUGGUCUAAUUUCUAAGGUACCAGUAAGAUCCAAAGAUUUUCAGUUUGUUUUCGUCAAUGGCAGGAGACAAAAGGAUCCCGCAUUUUUGAGAAUUUUAGAUAACAUGUUCCAGGCUGUCGGUUUCGGUUAUGAUAACUCCAAUACAAGUGCUGUGAAAAGCGUCGGAAGACCAUAUGAUACACAUCCAAUGUUGAUAUUUCAUGUACGAUGUCCUCAUAAUAUAGAUGACUUGAUGCAAGAUUCAGACAAAAAUGUCUGGAAUUUAUCCCGUUCACACAUAAUACAUCCUUUAAUCCUCAAAAUUGUUGAAUCAUUUUUAAAACAUCAAGGUUACAACACAAUAAGAAGGAAUGGUCAUAUCAGAAAUUCAAUAUCAACAAAAAAGCAUGUUCCAUUUGUCAGUAGCAGCAUCUUUGAUUCGAGAAUCUGUCCAUCGAGGACGGCUGGAAAGAGGCUUUCAAGUAGAUUAAGAGGCUCGUUAUGCGUAGCAAAGGUAGCAUUUAGACCUAUAUUGAGUCAAUUUUAUUUUCAAAAAAUAACAAAUUUGGGGCCUUUCGAAAUAAAAAGUGCUAGAAAUUCAAAAGGCUCGUUUUUCAAUAUCAACAGACUAAAUGAGGAACAAUCAAAAUUUGAUUGUACUUCAACCAAAGAGUUUUUGAAUAUAAAAAUACAACGGUCGCAAUUGAAGUGUGCCGAAGUAGUUAAUCAGGUGGGAAAGAAGUUCAUUCUGCUAAGACUACCAGGAACAAGGCUUGCCAGUCACUCACUCCUCAUAAUUGUCGACCAGCAUGCAGUGGACGAAAGAAUAAAACUGGAAUUUUAUUUGAAGCAAUUUUUGAAAGAUAUAAUAAGUGGAACAAUCGCAAUACAUUCUCUUCAUGGUUGUAACAUUUUACUGAAUUCAACAGAGGUAGACCUUUUUGAACAUUUCAAACCAGAAUUUAAAAAAUGGGGGAUGACAUAUAAACUAAGGAAAGAAGAUUCUGGCGUCUGUUGUUUGAAUCUCAUUUCACUUCCACAAACAGUUCACCAAAAAUAUAAGGGUGACAAAGUUUUUUUAAAGGGAGCAUUGCUCCAAACUGUAAAUGAUAUUAAAUGCUCAAAGAGGUUACCUUUUGCAAUGGAAGAAGCAAAAAUACGUCUGCAAAAAUCUCCGGACGAAUUUCAGUGGUGGAACUACAUUGACAGCAUUCCCGUCAUUUUUCGUGAAUUGUUUAAUAGCAGGGCCUGUCGAUCAGCUAUCAUGUUUGGAGAUACACUAUCAAAAGGCGAGUGUGCAGUGCUGAUUAAUGAUUUAGCCAAUUGCAAAUUUCCGUUUCAAUGUGCACACGGCAGACCAUCCGUAAUACCUUUAGCAGAGUUGAAGCCUAUUGAGGGAGGAACAGGAGGAGUUACAGAAAGGAUACAACCAAAUUGCCCUGAUUAUAAUAUAGAUAUAUGA